AUGAUUCAUUUUUUCGAUCUUCCACGCGAGGUGCGGGAUCUGAUUUACGUGCAAUGCGUCUACUCCGACGGCGGCUACAUCCUCGACUUUAGUAGGAACAAGCUCAAGUGCGCUAAUGGAGAAUCGAUCGAUCUCACAUUCAUGCUCACCUGCAAGCGGGUUGCGAGGGAAGCUAGGGGAAUAGCUUUAUCAGCUAAUGUUCUCAACUUUUCGGCUGUCUGUUCAGAGGAGCAUCGAAUCACAGCUGGACGCUUUGAUACGUUCUUGAACCUCCUGCACCGCCGUCGCGAUAGCAAGGUGAAUGAAAUAUUCCCGGAUGUCCUCAGCAUCACCGAAGACAUCUGGAAAGACCUCUCCGACAUUGAUCCGAAAUUCGCACCAUAUGUGCAUUUGCUCAGGGUUCGAUCCAACGCUUGGCAGAUUAUGGAGGAUGGUCAUCGAGAACGGGCCCCAAGGACUACGCCAACAAUAGGGCCUCCAGGUUCCUGCGGCGAAACACCAUCGACUUCGCGCAAGUGGGUUCGUUCUGUUCUGCAGACUCUUCUGAAGCACAGGCAUCGCUUUGGCGAGAAGCAGUUCACCCUCUUCGAAACGGGCUGGAGUAAAUAUCGUUUCAUGGAAGCUCAAAUUGCAAGCCUUGUCAACGUCAAUCCCGACCCAUGGAUGAUUCCGUUCUCCCCCCAAUGUGUCACUGAUUUGAUACGAAGUCUGGGGACCCCUUUUGAAGAAUACUUCUCCGAGGAAUGGGAUCCGAGCCAUAACGACCCUUACGACAAAAGUCAAGUCAAGUACCACUACUCCGCUGCGGCUGUCGCCAUACGUUUCCUCGCAUCCCUGCCCUUGGUAUGUCGCCUGAGCAUACGGAAUAUUGUCCUUGAUGAAAAUAGGUACGCUGUUGGUCGUGCUGAAAGUCACGGUUUGGGUCUUAUCCCAUACUGUCAGGAAAAUCCGCGCCUUCAUGUGGAACGUCGAGCCAACAUGUGGCGGACUGUUUUCCAAUCUAUGACUGGAAAUAGGCAGCCUGGGCAUACUAUGCCUACCAAAAGAGGGGACUAUCUCCCCGCGCGAUCAAUUUCAGACUGUGUGGCGGUGUGGGUGCUUGAAGCACUUGAGCUCGAACGCGCCGGCAUGCCGGCUGGUUCAUUUUCUUUGGUUUUGGAGGGAGACUCGGUUUGCCCGCGGAUUUUUCAGAGCGUCGUUCAACGGGAUGCCGCAUGGCAGGCGGCCGUUGAUCUCUGUUUAGAGCGUAAGAUUCUCCCUACGUUGUCUUGGAGUGAGAGGCGCAGCGACCCAAGACACAACUUCCGGUCACGCGCCCGCGGGGAGUCCUGCGGCAGAGAUAACAUGUGGUACUUGUUUGAGGACUUUCCUCAAGCAAUACGGGAGAUUGCAUCUGGAAACUCCAUCGUCAGAUGUAAUUUCGAUGUGGGCAAAGCUUUGGAACCAGAGGCAUUGGUCAGAGAGCACAAAUACUGGAAAAUGGAUGAUUGGAAAGAGGGUUGGUGGUGUCGCGAAUCCAAGUCUUUCCAACCGGCUUCGGGCAGCUGGCUUGACCUCUUAUGCGACAACAGUCACCAAUCGGACCUGCCAUUUGAUUAA